UUUUUUGGCAGACAUAUUUCUGUAUUUGAAUGAAACAAAGUGCAUGCCAGUUAUAUCCUACAGCUGACCGAUCGUAGCUUUUGAAAGGAUGUGACAUCAAUGCAGCUUUUAUGUUGGGGAAAGGCUGAAUUUCUCUGUUACGUUUGGGACUGACUGAUGCUCUUCAUAUUCCUGAACGCAUGUUAUCGGGUUACACAGGUAGGAUUUGGCGACCUGAAGCAUCCAGCAAGACUGCAGGUUUCCCCACUGGCUUCAUACGUCACAUAUGUAGCUAGGCAUUCACGUUCUCAGAGGAACCCACACUUUCAAGGUGUCACACAGAUCUUCUUCUCAGGUUGCAAUGGAUGCUGGAAGAACAAACGGAAGUAGCGAUGCCCCGCAGGACAGUGGAGGGCAGUUUACAUCACCGGUCACCUACGUUUCAAAUCCUUUGAUGAGUGACUUUGUCUCGGACUGGUCACUGUUACAUGAAGCAGCAAUACACGGGCGUUUUGGUACCUUAACAAAACUAAUUACAGAGGGACAUAGCGUAAACCUGGCUACAGCCGAUCACGUUACUCCUCUACAUGAAGCUUGCCUUGGAGGUCAUUCUGGAUGUGUCACCUUUCUACUGAAACAUGGAGCUCAGGUCAACAUUCCCAAUAUUGACUGGAAAACUCCAAUAUUCAAUGCUUGUGUGAGUGGCAGCACAGCCUGUGUGAACCUACUUCUGCAGCAUGGAGCCAGCCCACACGCAGUAUGUGAUGUAGCAUCUCCAAUACACGAGGCAUGUAAAAGAGGCCAUACAGAAUGUAUGGAGUCUCUGGCGAACUCUGGAGUUAGUAUACAGCAUUACAUAAAGCACCUGGGCUCUCUGCUCUAUGUGGCCUGUGAGAAUCAAAAAGUGGACACUGCUAAAAGACUUCUCGAGCUGGGAGCAAGUGCAAAUAUUGGUAAAGACCUGGACACCCCACUACAUGCUGCCUCAAGAAAUGGCAAUGCCGAUUUGGUGAACCUACUUAUUGACUAUGGAGGAAGCACACAGAGCAGAAACACGGAUGGAAAACAACCCUCAGAGCUCAUCCCUCCACAUAGCUCAUUGAAGGAGAUCUUUUUAAAAAGAGAAGGGCCGCUGACUUUGAAGCAGAUUUGUCGGCUAUGUAUUAGAAAGUGCUUUGGACAAAAGCAGCAUCAUAAAAUAUGUCAUCUUCUCCUUCCAGAGACACUAAAGCAAUUCCUUUUACACAGAUAAAUUACCUAUAUUUAUAUAUUUUUUUAGUGUAUAGUGUGUAUGUGUAUAUAUCAUAUUGGUAAACUAUGAACUGGAACUGACUUGAACAAUUUUAGUAAACCUGCUGAUUUUUUUAAAUA